AUGAGUAAAUUGUACAUUGUUUCAGGAGCGGAUGGUGUUGAUGGCAUGAUGGGCGACAUUGGACCGCCAGGACCAGCAGCACAAGCACCACCAGAGUGGGCUCACCGAUUCCCGGAGCAAUGCCCAUGCGAAGCGCCAGGAGGGCCUCCAGGCAAUCCAGGACCACGAGGGCCCAUGGGACCACCGGGAGAUGCCGGAGCACCAGGUGUUGAUGGCGGACCAGGUGAGGGUGGUCCACCAGGACCUCCUGGUCCGCCCGGCCGAAAUGGUAAUCCUGGCAUGAAGGGUGCACCCGGUCAACCAGGACGUGAAACAGGCGGCGGCGAAGGACCACCAGGACCACCGGGACCACCGGGAAGACCUGGAGGUGCUGGACCACGUGGACCACCAGGAGCACCUGGAGAAAAUGGAGGCCCUGGAGCGCCAGGUGAUAUCGGACCACCAGGACAACCCGGCCAGCCAGGCCAAGCGGGACACCAGGGACCUCCGGGUGAACCUGGUGGCGAAGGACAGAAAGGACGUUGCGAUCACUGUCCACCAGCUAGAUUGGCUCCUGGUUAUUAA